AUGGAGGACGAUGCUCCGGUCAUUUAUGGACUUGAGUUCCAGGCCCGAGCUCUCUGUGCACAGACUGCAGAGACUGACUCCAUUCGCUUUCUGGUUGGAACACAAUCCCUGAAAUUUGACAACCAGAUCCACAUCAUAGACUUUGACGAUGAGAAUAACAUCAUCAAUAAGAACGUCCUGCUGCAUCUGGCUGGAGAGAUCUGGCACAUUGGGUCGAGUCCCGCAGACAAAGCCGUGCUCUCCACCUGCUACAACAAAAGCAGUGACAGCAGAGUGGUGUCCUGUGCUGCCGUGUGGAGGAUGCCCUCUGACUGGGAUUCAGGAAACCAUGAGUCGCCCGAUGACUCCGCCCACAACCCCCAAACCCUGGAGCUGCUCUGUCACCUGGACGACGGCGCUCACGGAAACACUGCCUGGUACGUCUGGAUUAUUACAACCUCCUCACUCCCACAGACCUCCUCACUCUCUCAGACCUCCUCACUCCCACAGACCUCCUCACUCUCUCAGACCUCCUCACUCUCUCAGACCUCCUCACUCCCUCAGACCUCCUCACUCUCUCAGACCUCCUCACUCCCACAGACCUCCUCACUCUCUCAGACCUCCUCACUCCCUCAGACCUCCUCACUCUCUCAGACCUCCUCACUCUCUCAGACCUCCUCACAGACUCAGACCUCCUCACUCUCUCAGACCUCCUCACUCUCUCAGACCUCCUCACUCUCUCAGACCUCCUCACUCUCUCAGACCUCCUCACUCUCUCAGACCUCCUCACUCUCUCAGACCUCCUCACAGACUCAGACCUCCUCACUCCCCCAGACCUCCUCACAGACUCAGACCUCCUCACUCUCUCAGACCUCCUCACUCCCACAGACCUCCUCACUCUCUCAGACCUCCUCACUCUCUCAGACCUCCUCACUCUCUCAGACCUCCUCACUCCCUCAGACCUCCUCACUCUCUCAGACCUCCUCACUCUCUCAGACCUCCUCACUCCCCCAGACCUCCUCACAGACUCAGACCUCCUCACUCCCUCAGACCUCCUCACUCCCUCAGACCUCCUCACUCUCUCAGACCUCCUCACUCUCUCAGACCUCCUCACUCUCUCAGACCUCCUCACUCUCUGACCUCCUCACUCUCUCAGACCUCCUCACUCUCUCAGACCUCCUCACUCCCUCAGACCUCCUCACUCUCUCAGACCUCCUCACUCCCUCAGACCUCCUCACUCUCUCAGACCUCCUCACUCUCUCAGACCUCCUCACUCUCUCAGACCUCCUCACUCCCUCAGACCUCCUCACAGACUCAGACCUCCUCACUCCCUCAGACCUCCUCACUCUCUCAGACCUCCUCACUCUCUCAGACCUCCUCACUCCCUCAGACCUCCUCACUCCCUCAGACCUCCUCACUCUCUCAGACCUCCUCACUCCCUCAUACCUCCUCACUCUCUCAGACCUCCUCACUCCCUCAGACCUCCUCACUCCCUCAGACCUCCUCACUCUCUCAGACCUCCUCACUCCCUCAGACCUCCUCACUCUCUCAGACCUCCUCACUCCCUCAGACCUCCUCACAGACUCAGACCUCCUCACUCCCUCAGACCUCCUCACUCCCUCAGACCUCCUCACUCUCUCAGACCUCCUCACUCCCCUCAGACCUCCUCACUCUCUCAGACCUCCUCACUCCCUCAGACCUCCUCACAGACUCAGACCUCCUCACUCCCUCAGACCUCCUCACUCCCUCAGACCUCCUCACUCCCUCAGACCUCCUCACUCUCUCAGACCUCCCUCACUCUCUCAGACCUCCUCACUCCCUCAGACCUCCUCACUCUCUCAGACCUCCUCACUCUCUCAGACCUCCUCAGACCUCCUCACUCUCUCAGACCUCCUCAAUCUCUCAGACCUCCUCACUCCCUCAGACCUCCUCACUCCCUCAGACCUCCUCACUCUCUCAGACCUCCUCACUCCCUCAGACCUCCUCACUCUCUCAGACCUCCUCACUCUCUCAGACCUCCUCACUCUCUCAGACCUCCUCACUCCCUCAGACCUCCUCACAGACUCAGACCUCCUCACUCCCUCAGACCUCCUCACUCUCUCAGACCUCCUCACUCUCUCAGACCUCCUCACUCCCUCAGACCUCCUCACUCCCUCAGACCUCCUCACUCUCUCAGACCUCCUCACUCCCUCAUACCUCCUCACUCUCUCAGACCUCCUCACUCCCUCAGACCUCCUCACUCCCUCAGACCUCCUCACUCUCUCAGACCUCCUCACUCCCUCAGACCUCCUCACUCUCUCAGACCUCCUCACUCCCUCAGACCUCCUCACAGACUCAGACCUCCUCACUCCCUCAGACCUCCUCACUCCCUCAGACCUCCUCACUCUCUCAGACCUCCUCACUCCCUCAGACCUCCUCACUCUCUCAGACCUCCUCACUCCCUCAGACCUCCUCACAGACUCAGACCUCCUCACUCCCUCAGACCUCCUCACUCCCUCAGACCUCCUCACUCCCUCAGACCUCCUCACUCUCUCAGACCUCCUCACUCUCUCAGACCUCCUCACUCCCUCAGACCUCCUCACUCUCUCAGACCUCCUCACUCUCUCAGACCUCCUCAGACCUCCUCACUCUCUCAGACCUCCUCACUCUCUCAGACCUCCUCACUCCCUCAGACCUCCUCACUCCCUCAGACCUCCUCACUCCCUCAGACCUCCCACUCCCUCAGACCUCCUCACUCCCUCAGACCUCCUCACAGACUCAGACCUCCUCACUCCCUCAGACCUCCUCACUCCCACAGACCUCCUCACAGACUCAGACCUCCUCACUCCCUCAGACCUCCUCACUCUCUCAGACCUCCUCACUCACUCAGACCUCCUCACUCCCUCAGACCUCCUCACUCCCUCAGACCUCCUCACUCUCUCAGACCUCCUCACUCCCUCAGACCUCCUCACAGACUCAGACCUCCUCACUCCCUCAGACCUCCUCACUCCCUCAGACCUCCUCACUCUCUCAGACCUCCUCACUCCCUCAGACCUCCUCACUCUCUCAGACCUCCUCACUCCCUCAGACCUCCUCACUCCCUCAGACCUCCUCACUCCCUCAGACCUCCUCACUCUCUCAGACCUCCUCACUCCCUCAGACCUCCUCACUCCCUCAGACCUCCUCACUCUCUCAGACCUCCUCACUCCCUCAGACCUCCUCACAGACUCAGACCUCCUCACUCCCUCAGACCUCCUCACUCCCUCAGACCUCCUCACUCCCUCAGACCUCCUCACUCUCUCAGACCUCCUCACUCCCUCAGACCUCCUCACUCUCUCAGACCUCCUCACUCUCUCAGACCUCCUCACUCUCUCAGACCUCCUCACUCCCUCAGACCUCCUCACAGACUCAGACCUCCUCACUCCCUCAGACCUCCUCACAGACUCAGACCUCCUCACUCCCUCAGACCUCCUCACUCCCUCAGACCUCCUCACUCUCUCAGACCUCCUCACUCUCUCAGACCUCCUCACAGACUCAGACCUCCUCACUCCCUCAGACCUCCUCACUCUCUCAGACCUCCUCACUCCCUCAGACCUCCUCACUCUCUCAGACCUCCUCACUCCCUCAGACCUCCUCACUCCCUCAGACCUCCUCACUCCCUCAGACCUCCUCAGCUGUUUGUGCAUUGGGAUGUAA